AUGUUAGGCUUGGAGGUGGUAUGGUCUGGACAAAAGCUGGCUGGAGUUACAGCCCAGGUCACCAACCAGCAUGCUGAACAGCAUGACCUCAUCCUGAUCAGAAGAAUUGGGGUGGGGAGCCGGUGGGUGCCCACGGGGAGUGCGCAGCUGAGGUCCCCCCAGGACCGAAGGUCCUGGUUCAGUGACCACGGGCGCCCCCUCCACGUCACCCCCAGCACAACUCAGGCAGUCAAAGUGGCAGGGUGGAGAGCAGGUCAGGUCUCAGCAGAGACACAGAGCCCCAGGCGCGGCGGCUGGGGAGGGUGUAGGCAGGGUUGCCGGGGACGCGCAGGAAACUUACCUCCCCCCGGCCGGCGUGCUGGAGCCUCGGCGGCCAAGACCAGUUGCGCCACGGCGGGCAAGUUGUCGGGAUGUCGUGGGUUCCCUGGUAGCUGCGGCGGGCAGCGGGCGGGGCGGAGCCGGGGCAGCGCCGGAGGCGGCAGGUGCCGGGCCCUGCCGCGGGGCCACACUCGGCUCGGACACGCGGUGACGGGGACGCGCGGCUGCGAGUGUGCAAUGCGCGCGCGCCGCGGCCGGUGUGCGUGUCCCCGCGUUCCCCUUCCUUCCCGCCGCUCCUCUCGCCGGCAGAGUAGCAAGCGGACCACCAGACCCGGCAGCUGCGGGCGACAGCGCGAGGCAAGAUCUGGGGUGGAGGCCGAGGAGUGGCAGCACCCGCCGGCCUCGGGUCCCCGCACGGCGCGCCGGAGUCCGAGCGAGGCAGGCGGCGAGCAGGCUGCGCGGCGGCCGCGACUCCCGGAGGCUGCAGGCCCCGCCCGCCGGCCGCCCAAGCUCUUCCCCUUUUCUCUCCACCCCCUGCUCCAUCCCGCACGCCCUGCAGGGAAGCCAGACCGGUUUGCAGCAGUAGCGCGGCCCGCGGAGUCGGUGUGUCUGGCCACUACAGGAGACUAAGAACAUCGUUGACUCAGGACCCCUCCCUCUGACUUGGAUCCUGGCAUCCUGAACUUAUUAAAGCACACAGUAAGAGCAGACAUGUGGCCCGGCUUGCACGUUUUUCAGAUGAGAAAGCCAUGGCUCAAAAACAUCCAGGAACUCACAGACCAGAACACAGUUUUCCU